GAACUGUGCCAGCUUGCGGCAUUCUGACAUGUGGAGGAAGGAUCGGCUGCUUCUCCUCGCUUUCUUGGUCAAUGGCUUUUGCGUCCGUCUAAGCCGUACAGCGCGGGCAUUUGACUCGGAGUUUCUGGAGGACGAGGCACCUAGCAUUGCGAGGCCCAGCACCUGGGGGGACAUCUUCGGCGAGGUCCGUGAACUCUUCUGGCAGCUCGACUUGGUCUGGUUCCUAGCAGUGGUGGCGAUCUCUCUGGCCAUUGUAUGCUACAGGCCACCUGAGAUCGUGGGUGACACCGCCGACGAUGGAGACGUCGAUGACAAGUGGAAGCCGGUGCCGUGGUACAAGAGGCUCCUAGCGUCGCUGAGCAGCCAUGCAGCGGGCAUCGCCGGUUUCGUCGGCUUCCAGUGGAUCGUUGUGGCCAGGAUUGUGUCCACCAGCCAGCCACUUGAGCGCUUUUCCCCGGCCAACGUCCUGCUUUACACCAGCAUCGCCAUCUCCAUCACCGCCAUCUUCUCCAGCAUCCUGUUCCUGGUGCUGGACUACCUGCGCCGCUUGGUCAUCGACAGCGCCAAGGGCCGAGGCUACCGGCUCAUCCUCGAGCCCGGCCAGCUCGAGCAGACAGGCCUUGGGGCAGCGUUGAUCGUGCUGACAGCUGCGCUUCUCCUCCUGUACAUGUGUGUCAUCUUUAUGGAGACCCAGGAGAACAAGAAGUUCCGCAAAAAGGAAUGGCAUGAGAUUUUGUGGGUGUUCCUGGACAAGGUGUACAGCUGCGGCACGGUCCUGCUCUACUUCAUCAACCUCCGGGGCUUGUGCGAGUCACCCAAGGUGUUCUUCCACCAAGCCUGCCACGACGUUGCCGAGCAGGAGAUCGGUCUCAAGGAGUUCUUAGAGGAGUUCAGCAGCCACAGCGAAGGGCUCUUCCGGCAGGCUCGUGACUUCCUCGCAUGGCUGGCCGAGCUCUUGGCUGGGGAGGACCUGAAGCUUUUCUUCCAGCUGGGCAGCCGUCGGGCCCUUUUCCCAAACCAACGCCUGGCCCCGAUUCUCCACGUCGUAGCCUGCCUACUUCUUUGCGGCACUCUUCCUGGCAUCUGCCAGUUCGCGACCGAGCGGAUCUUCAUCAAGCCAAAGUUCCUCGAUGUGAGAGCUUAUUCGGCCACGGUUUUUCCGAGCUUCAAUCCCUCCCGCGACAGCUACUUGCUGCUGUUGGACCGCGACCCUCGACUCCAGGUGAAGACCAAGUCUCGUCACACUUCGAGUAUCAAGAUUUGCUGCAAUCCAUCCGAGCAGCCUUGUGAGAAUCGGCCGUUGCAGCAUUCCUUGAUCCAAUUCGAUGAUGAUCCGAUCACGCUGAAAGUUCCUGCCAACGAGUCUUCAGAUUGCACGCUCACAGCAUCAGGUCUCAGCAGUCAUGCCUUCGCGACCUUAAACUUCAGAGUGGAGCUCCAAGCCGACUACCAACUGUGUGAAUGCUCCGCCAAUAGUGGAUGUGACUGCUGCGACGGCUACGCUGGAAAGCUCGGAGAUGAGCCGACUGCAUGUGAGCCUGCGCUGUGCAAUGUCGAAAACUCAAACGAGGCUAAGGGCUGGGACUGCGCUUGCAAGUCGGGCUAUACCGGCAGCAUCUCCUGGCAAGGCACCACCCCACAAGGGACAUGCGCCUUGGCUCCGUGCGAGGUUGAGCAUUCCGACAAGCAGCCAGGUCCGAAGUGUCGAUGCAUGGAUGGAUAUCAUGGCAGCAUCACAUGGAGCAAUAGCUCGGCAGAAGGGCGAUGCCUGCCAGUUCCUUGCGAGGGCGUAAUUUCGAAUUCCACAGGGAGUGGUCCAGGCUGCAAAUGCCAAGACGGAUUUGCAGGCCUCAUCACUUGGAAUGGGUCUCGUCCAACAGGCUCCUGUGAGCCCGCCCGGUGCGACAUUCUGAAUUCCAACCAGAAACCUGGCCGCGGCUGUGCUUGCUUAGAUGCUUUUGAUGGAAUCAUACAUUGGACGGGCUCGCAUGCAGAAGGAAACUGCAAGCCAGCGUCGUGCAACGAUAUUCUGCACUCGACCGGGGAAGGUGUCGAGUGCAGGUGCCAGGACGGCUUUGCAGGAAACAUUACCUGGAAGGGGAAAGCGGCCCAGGGAAGCUGCCAGCCUGCGGUUUGCAAUGUUCGGGAUUCGAACAGGGAGGCUGGUGAGAGUGUGGGUGGGGUCUCGUCCACGUGGACACUGUGUACCGGCAUCUUGCGAUGUUGA